UGACCUAUAGUGAUAGAAUGGAAAUAAACAAAUUGUAAACCAUGUGCAACUCUGGAUGAGGGCUGCGUUGCUCUCUGAUCCACCACCGGGAUAUUCGAUCGGUGGGACGAAAGGGUGAGCAACUGGAUUGGAGUUGCCGGUCGACUUUGCGAUGGUCCCAUAUUUCAGUUUCCGGUACUGUUGCUACACCCUUCUCUCGGUCUCUUCCUUGUCAUCCAUUUCAUUCCUAUACUGGUCUUGUUUUUCUGUUCAAACUAGGGAAGUGCAAGAAAGUCAACUACGAUUAGAUAAAGUCAACCUCCUCACGUUUCCAUCUGCGUUGAAUCUUUUCAUCUUUCCGUCUCCACCACCACCGAGACUUCUUAAAAUUGCUCUCUUCGUCAAGAAAUGGCCGAGUAAACACCAGGCUGGAGGGCUUGAGCGACACGCCAUGACUCUUCACCUGGCUCUUGCAAAGCGAGGCCACGAGCUCCAUAUCUUCACGACAUCAUCGUCUAACUUAACCAUGAUGGAUAAUGUGAAUUUUCAUCUCUCUAAACCAACACCUGCUGGCUAUCUUGACCAAGCUCUUAUAUGGAAGCAAUUUCAAGUACUGAACUCGACUGGACAGCCCUUCGAUGUGAUCCACACUGAAAGUGUUGGACUUAUGCACACCAGAUCGCGGAAUCUGUCUAAUUUAGCCGUCAGUUGGCACGGAAUUGCGUAUGAAUCUAUACAUUCCGAUAUUAUUCAGGAACUUAUAAGAGCACCUGAAGAACCACAGUCCUAUGCUUUAACUGAAAGAGCAGUGAAGGUUGUAGAAGAGAUAAAGUUUUUUCCACAUUAUGCUCACCAUGUUGCCACAAGCGAUCACGCCGGGGAUAUACUAAAAAGGGUCUACAUGAUACCUGAAGAACGCGUCCACGUUAUUCUGAAUGGUGUCGAUGAGGAGAUUUUCAAGCCAGACAUUUCCAAGGGCAAAGACUUUAAGUCGAAAUUCGGGAUUCUAGAGUCUAAGUCACUAAUUCUAGGCAUGGCAGGGAGGUUGGUGAAGGAUAAGGGUCAUCAAUUAAUGUUUGAAGCCCUAAGGCAGAUUUUCAGUGAAAAUUCAACUUUUCGGGAUAGUGUUAUUGUUCUGGUAGCUGGAGAUGGUCCAUGGGGUGCUAGAUAUAAACAACUCGGCCCGAAUUUACUGGUCUUGGGGCCAUUGGGACAGAGUCAAUUGGCAAGGUUUUACAGUGCAAUUGAUAUAUUCGUAAAUCCAACAAUUCGAGCACAGGGUUUAGAUCAUACUUUGUUGGAAGCAAUGCUGACGGGCAAGACAGUAAUGGCAACAAAACUGGCGAGUAUUACUCAGUCUGUGAUUGUAAGCAAAGACGUUGGCUAUACAUUCCCGCCUACUGUAGUUUCGUUGAAGAAAGCUCUGUACGAGGUGUGGAGAGACGGAAGAGAUGUUCUAGAGCGCAAGGGCGAGUUCGCCAGGAAAAGGGGUUUGCAACUAUUUACAGCCACCAAAAUGGCUGCAGCUUAUGAAAGGCUAUUUCUAUGCAUCACCAGCCAAGAUUACUGUAUGUUGCAGGUGCAAAACUAAACUAAACUCAACCCAAAUGCAUGGUUAAGAGAGAGAUGUGAGUCAGUACUUUGCAUUAUUUGAAAAAACAUUUAAAAUAUAUGAAUUCGAUAAGUUUCAUCUGUAAAGAAAGAUAGCCAACAACAGAAUCUGAUUAUUACAGAAUUUUUGGCACAUUUAUAUAUUUAGGAACAAGAAUUUCACAUAGUCUGAUAGUAGGUUUGAAAUCAACAUGAUAUACAAGAUUUUGAGAACCCGUGACAAAAACUCCAAGUUCUGCUGCAAAAGGCUACAUGUACUAAUAUUCAGAUGCCAAAUCUAUAUCAGAUGGCUCCAAUGCUUAACGAAUCCCUG